GGUGGCGGCGGCGGCGCGGGCACUCCAGCGGGCCAUGUAGCAGCAGCUGUUUGUAGUCGCCGUCCGCAUACAGCGCACGUCCGACCUGCACGCGAACCCAACGUUUCCCGACGACGACGACAACGACGCCGCCGCCGCACACUCAUUAAAAAUGGAAGUCGAUUACGCAUGGGGAACGUCAUCGGAUAACAUACCGGUUCAAAAGUUGAAGCAACACUUCCACGAAAAUUUCGAAUCGCUUCAACCAGAAUACUAUGUCAAAGUACCGGGAAGAGUUAACUUGAUCGGGGAACAUGUAGAUUAUUGCGGUUAUUCUGUGUUCCCAAUGGCUAUUGAUCAGUGUAUCGUAGUGGCAGCGAAAAGGACAACUGACCGACAUACUGUAGAGUUAACCAACUUAUGUACAGAACGAUACGAAAACGUCUCAAAAAAUAUAUCAGAUAUAAGUGCAGAGUCAUUAAGCAAGAGUCCAAGUUGGUCAAAUUAUUUUAUGUGUGGCGUGAAAGGAGCUCGAGAGUACCUGAGCGAGAGUCAGCUGAAAGCCUUUGAAAAAGUUGGUUUUUUGUUCGCAAUUACCGGUAACAUUCCUGAAAGUUCGGGAUUGAGCAGUUCGAGUGCACUAGUGACGGCCGCCGUAAUGGCCACCCUGGUCGGAUACGGAGUACCAAUCAGUAGACUCGAGCUGGCAGAAAUUAGCGCUAAAUGCGAAAGAUACAUCGGUACGGCUGGCGGUGGCAUGGACCAAGCGAUAGCCGUAAACGCCAAACAAGGUUAUGCGGCCCGUAUCGACUUUAAUCCGUUAGCGGUCAAACAGUUCCGACUUCCAGCCGACGCCAAGUUCGUCGUGGCUCAGAGUUUAGCCGUCAAAAAUAAAGCGGCAUCUAAUGACUUCAACACGAGGGUAGUGGAAUGCAGACUGGCUUCACAGGUAAUUGCUAAGCAAUUGAAUCUCGAAUGGGAGCAGAUGACCGUACUAGCGACGUUGCAAAAGCGUUCGGGCAACACGCUGGACCAAAUGAUCGAAUUAGUUCACCAAUACUUGCACGUCGAUAGGUAUACUAAAUCAGAGGUGUGUGAAAUAUUAUCAGUAUCCGAAGACCAACUCGACAAGCUCAGUUUGACGGCUAACACGACUGACCUCACUGAAUUUUUUUUGCACCAGAGAGCUCUACAUGUGUUCGAAGAGGCCAAGCGAAUGGAAGAGUUUUGUAAGCUAUGUGAGAAUUUCGGAGCAGCAUCGGACCUCGGUAAGUUGAUGGACGAUAGCCAUUCUUCACUGCGAGACCUAUACCAAUGCAGUCAUCCGGACCUGGAGGAGUUAGUGACACUCUGCAAACGAGAAGGAGCGUACGGAUGCAAACUCACUGGUGCCGGUUGGGGAGGAUGCGUCGUGGCUAUGGUGCCGUCAGAUGGUACUGACGAAUUCGUGAAAUCUGUAAGAGAUCAAUACUAUGCAAAUAGAGAUACUUGUGGAAAACGUAUCGAUCAACUUGUGUUCGCAACUAGUCCUUCUGAAGGUGCUUGCUGCAUUCACGUUAAGACCACUACUAUCGGUGAUGGUAUUUCUGACCACCUCCCGUCUCUUGUGAACUUAUGAAACAGUUCAAACAGUUUAUUCUGCAUAGUGCAUUUGGUCAAAAUGAAUUAACUGGAAGCUGUGCACUUGGUUGCUCAGUAUUGUACAAUAAUAAUAAGUAUUAAACCUAUUUUUACCAAUAUUUGUAUCUGUCUAUACAUACAAGUACUAAUUUUGAAAAAAUACUUAUCUUAGAUACAUUACUGAUAUUGUGCUCUUGUAUACAACUUAUGAAAAUAAACUAGUUACCUUAUUGU